GGAGACAUACUUAUCUGCUCUGACUCGUCCUCUCAUCGAAAUUCUGGUUAAAGCAUCUGCUUUGUUAGUGAAGUUCCUUUAAAUACAUCACAGCAGCCUCUGUUUCUCCUUCUGAGCGUGCAACGAAUACAUUUCAAGCAAAGAUGCCAGGAAUGAAAUGGAUCGCUUUGGAGAGUAACCCAGAGGUCAUGAACUUCUGGGCGAACAAAGUUGGGCUUGACCCGUUUGAUUCGCAGUUCUGCGAUGUCUAUGGUCUCGACCAAGAACUGCUCGCGAUGGUGCCCCAGCCAGUCAAGGCCAUAGUUCUCCUCUUUCCGUGGCCCGGACCGUGGAAGGAAUAUCUUAUUAGAGAGGAUGAGAAGAUCAAAGCUGAAGGGCAGCCGCCAAUCGACCCCAACGUCGUGUGGGUCAAGCAGACGAUUGGUAAUGCGUGCGGUACUAUGGCCGUCAUCCAUGCUUUAGCAAACUGCGGUGCAACCUUGAAGCCAGAUUCCCCCUUCGCCGAGUUUGCUACCAAAUGCAAAGGCGUCUCGGGUGAAGAGCGUAUACGUCUUCUUGAAGCCAAUACGGCCUUCGCGGAGGCCCAUGCUCAGGCUGCGGUAGCUGGGCAGUCAGUCAACCCGGGCUUCGACCAUCCGCCCCAUGCCUAUACUGCCUUCGUGCAAGCUCCUGCUGUGCCUACCGGAGACGGAGAAACUCAUGGAAAGCGGCUGAUAGAGCUGAACGGAGGUCGGGAUGGUCCAAUCGAUCGAGGGGCAUCAAGCGACCUGCUACAGGAUGUCGUCGCAUAUGUGAAGGACAACCUUUUGCCGUUGGGAGAUUCGGUGGAGUAUAGCAUGAUAGCACUCACUGCAGUGCAAUGAAGGCAGACGUGUGACUCGACGAAGAAGAACGACGUGACAUGUAAACUGAGAACGUCCAGACAAAACGAUAUGAUUGUACAAACAGUUUUCUACCACCUCAAGUUCGGAGAGGUCUGAAAAUGUCAACUAU